AUGGACACGUCAACAUAUGAGCACCUGUGCCGCGUCCUCAUGCAGAUGGUCGUAGCCAUUGUUACACAAAGUCAAGUUGCACAACAUAAAGCCCAAGUCGUCACCGAAGGAGGGGGCGUGGAUGCAAGGCGGCGGCUCCAGGACUUGGCUGCAUAUUGCACCUGCGAUCCAGCCCCUCGAGUACUGCGGGGGGGCCAGCACAGAGGUCCAUGUAAGCAGCACGCACGAUACAAUGCAGGCAGAUCGGCGAGAGGCUCUGACGUCGCAAUGCCUCAUCUACACGACCGGUCCCUGCAUUACGGCCGCUGGCAUUGGGUUGCACGCGUCAAGCUCCUCUGCUGGGUUGAGGGGUUAAGAAAGUGA